AUGCAUUUGAAAUUGAAAUCACAGAGUCACCAGACAGAUUCCUCUUUAGAUUCCAAACAACAAAAACGGGCAAAUAGAAAGUCACAAAAUAUGGCUAGUAGUUUGGUAAAUGAUGAUGAAGAUAAUGCCAGUAAUGCAACGCGUAAUACACAGCAGCAGCAACCCCAGAUAGCAACAGGACAGACGAGUAAUAACAAUAAUCAGCAGAGUAGUAAUAAUAACAACAAUGGGGCAAGUGCCGCCAAUACAUCAUCAGCCACCUCCACCAGCACCACCACUGCCACCACCACGAAUAAAAUGCAUCCCAGUGAAGCCAAGGCGAAAAAGGAAAAUCUACAACAAAGAAAAUUGGAAUUGGAAAAGUUGUUAAAUGAGAAAAAUUGGCUGCUACAGCAGUUGCAAAAACAGGAGACCGAAAUUCUAAAUGGCAAUUUUGAAUAUAUGAAUUUCAAUGAUUUCCUGCAUAGCCUUAAUGCCCAAUAUAAACAGGAACAGGCCACAACGGAAUCUACCAUUACGGGUGGUAGUGGAAGUAUUGGUGGCCCCGAUGAGGCAAUUCUUCGCCGCAAACCUUUGAUGGCCAAAGAAAAUCAACAACAUCACAAUGUGUUGCAUCGACGACAAUCGGAAAUUUCCAAUCGUUCAUCGGAAUAUGACAAUUAUCCGCAUCAGGAUAACUUAUCAACACAUUCAGAGGGUGCUGCUAGUGGUGGUGGCGGUGGGGCAAGAGGGGCCUCGGGAUCUUCUGCUGCGGCCAUGACAAUGCAACAUGCCCAACAGGCCCAGCAGCAAUACAAUGCCAAAUCGGCAUUGAAAAAACGUUCAGCCACAGUGGCAGGUACCACAACCCAACAAACGGCAGCGGCCGCCGCAGCCAGCAAUUUACAAAUGUUGAGACAGCAGCAACAUAUGGAACAGCAGCUAAUACAACAACAUAAUCUCUAUAAACAACAACAUCACUAUCAUCAUCCCCAACAACAUUUGUUCAAGCAGCACAUUGAACAUCAUCAGGUGUUGAUGCCACAUUUACAAUAUGCCACACAGAAAUUUUAUUAUACCACACUGCAGCCGACAACACAGCCCAGUACAUCAUCAUCAGCUGGUUCCUCGCAGCAGUUGCAUCAACAGCAACAACAAUAUGGUCGCUAUAUUAAAUCCAAUCAGUUGCCACAGGCCCAAGUCCAGCAGCAGCAGCUUCCACAGCAUCAUCAUGCUCAGCAGCAAUCGCCAAAUCACUCACAACAACACCACAUGAACUACAACCCUCAAAAUUCCAGCAGCUCAAAUGCCAAUCAUCAGCAUCACCAUCAGCAACAACAGCAGCAACAAUUACUUCUAACACCCCCUGGCCAUGGAACAAUUGCUGCUGCCUCCUCACAUAUGGACAACAUUUCUUUGUAUUCGUUAAAUUCCAACAAUGUGGCCACCUUGCAUAGACAGGCCCAGCAACAACAACCCGUCAUUGUGCAAUGUGAUAAAUAUUAUCUCUCACCCACCACCCAUCAUGUGUCCCACAAUGAUGGUGGGGGAUUCAUUAAGUCCAGUCAAAAUAUUAAAGAAUAUAUAUCGCCCAUGAAUUCGCCGCAGCAACAACAACACCACCAAAUGGGAACCACCAACGUUCGUGAUAAAAGGUUAGCUUCUCAGACAAAUCUUUCCCAGCGUGUUAAUACACCAUCCAUAGAUGCCAUAUCACUGGCACCAUCCUAUGUGUCCAUGGAGACAGUGGAUUAUAUGACAAUACCCACAUCACAACAGCAACAACGAUGGAAAUCACAAUCCAAUUUACCUCCACCGGGAACAACUUCAGCUUCAUCCGACUUGAAAUCCUAUUCCAGUGAUAUGUUGAACAACAACAGCAGCAGUACCAAUCAAUAUUACAACAGCAGCAACACCCUGCAAUCCAAUUCCAAUGCUGCCCAACAACAUCCUCCACAUGUUACCCAAGUGAAACCAUUUAAACCUCUCGAUGAUAUUUCCAUAAAUUCCGGCUACUCCACAGAGACACAAAAGAAAACGAAAUCCAAACAAUGGCUUGAAUCAUCUCUAGAUGGUCCGGUGAUAAGACAAACCCCCCAACAUCAUACCCACAACAGCGGAGAAGAAAAUUACCACCCCGAUCACAAUAGCAAUAUCAGCUCUUCACAACAUCCACCCCGCUCCAAACUCUCCUCACACUCUUUGAAUACCUCACGACAUUAUUCAAUGUCAGCGGCGGCGGGUGCGGCGUCGUCAUCUUCACACUCUCCCCUUGCCCAUACAGCACAGGCGGCAAAAUUAAGUCAAUCCACCUCGUAUCUAAAUCAAAUGGAUGUUACCGCAGGUUUAACAAAUAAUUCCCCAACACCCGCUCCCUCAAUAUCACAAGCCUAUAAUAUAGAAAUUGUCUCACCACAAACUCCCAUGGCAUAUAAAUUUUUACCCGUCUCUACGGCGGGUAAUACAAAUAAGCCACCGGCUAGACCACCGCUCUAUAUCAAUGCUACACCCCAAAAUAUUUCUGCAUCUCCUACCACUGGGUUGUUAAGUGGUGUUGCAGGCUCCUCAGCUUCAGCGUUAUCGCCAGAUAUUCGUGUUGAAUCACCAAAAAAUGUCACAGUUGUCCAACCGGCCACAUUUCAACCUUACAAAGAGGUUACCAAGCCAUUUGAAAUGUCGGAUUUUUAUAAAUAUUCGACUAAAUAUCGCCAAAAGGAGAAUAACAAUAAUAGUCAGGUGGAUAAUUGA